UCGACCUCCCAACCAGCACGAUGCGCACAAGUCCUGCUGCUGUGGUCGUGCCACUGUUGGCUGCGCUGGCAGUGCUUGCGGCAUGCUGUGGUUUGACCACGUGCAGUGCCAUUGCCAGCAGUGACGGCCCGCUCUGGGGGCCAUACCAACUGCCCCAGUACCUCACAGGGCUCAACACUGCGACAGUGUCUGCGUCUGACGAUGGAGAUCGCAUUCUCCUGGCGUGGAUGGCGGAUGAUGGCGUGUAUGCGGCCGUGUCGAACGCAGAGUCUGUCAAGAACGGGGAUCUCGGCACGCCGUCCAAGGUCUUCAACAAGACCUUGGCGCAGAGUGGAUCGGUGACUGUUGACAUGAACCACGCCGGGUACAGUGGCUGGAUUCUCGUGUCACAAGCCACCGUCGUCGCCGGCGGCGCCCGCUGCACCAUCAGUGCCAUUCGCUGGGAAGGGACGUUUGAGUUGCCCACCACCAUCAUCAGCUUGGGUGUCGCUGACAAGCUGGCCUGUGGUCUUGACAGCAUGACUGUCACGGUUGCCGACGAUGGCAGCGCCGUCAACGCCCUCUUUGCAUAUCGACCCGACGCGGGCUCGAACGACGCCAAGGCGAUCAACCUUGCGUGGGACGCGGCCAACGGGUGGUCUCCAAACUACAUCUGCUGCGAUCCCGGUCUGCACACCUUUGCCUCGCCAGCCACGUUUGAUGUUGGCACAGAUGCCAUUGGCAACACGGCGAUUGCCAGCUUUGUCGUGGCCAACGACGACCUGACCUCGUAUCGGCUGAAGACGGUUGCUGUCACGGGCGCCACCACCCUCUACACCGCAUCCCUCCCGCUUCCGGGCACCGCAGAGGUCUCUGUUGCCGCUGUUGACUCCGGCAACACCAUCAUCACACUCGUCAACAAUGGCUCAACCAUCGUCGCAGUUCGCUAUGAUAUUGAUGCGCAGCGGCAGCGGGAGCUUGGCCUCGUGUACCGGGCCGGUGCCGGGGAGGACAUAGUGAACAUGCAGCACGCAAUCACAAACAACCGCGACGUCACCAUCGCCUUCCAGCAGCGAAACCUCAACACAGACACGUCAUACGUCUGCCAGGUGACGCUGGACGCGGUGCUGUGCACAUCGCCGCUGCAGCUCAACACCCGCACGUCCGACUCACCCUCGGACAACCUCAACAUCGCGGGCUUCUCCAGCGUCGUCGCUAUUGCAUACACAGCGGGAGUUGGUACGGUGUCCCCGGAUUCAAAGCAGAUUGUCGGGGGCUUCUUUGGUUUUCCAUCAGAGGCAAAGGCGUCACCACCACUGACAAACGUGACCAUCGCUACAGAGCUCGCGCGUGAUGGCUUCUGCAAUGUGCUCGUCGAUGUGCAGGUGAUGCGUGCCAACGGGUCGGCAGUCGUGCUGUGGACAGGCCUCCGCUGCAACGAUGGCUGUGCGGUGUGCACCCGUCCCGUGUACGAGGCCGCAUAUGCGCUCUGGCAGGACGCGUUUGAUGGCGGCAGCGCCUGCGCUCCACAGUUUGUGUGCGUGGCGAGGGACUUGGGCGCAUUUCCAACCGACAGCUCCUGUUCCAUUGGCUGCGAUGAGCCCAUCAUUGCCAACGGAUACGUGUGCACCGAUAGCGGCGAGUGCAAGCAGCAGCGCACGGGCGCAUAUCCGACGAUGGACACAUGCACGGACGUUUGCGUUCCUCUCAAGAACAAACACUUCAAGAAACCAAUUUCGGGCGGUGGCGUCUUCCUACUCAUUCUGGUGUUUGGAUUCAUCGUGCCGUACUUCGUGGGCGGUGUCAUCUACAACAAGCUCGUGCACAACGCGACCGGGGUUGAGCUGUUGCCCCACGCGGAGUUCUGGACCCAGACGCUUCCGCGUGCUGUUGGCGAUGGCGUGCGGUUCGUCACCUGUCGCAGACCGCACGGCAGCGAGGGCACCUACGACUCGCUCUAGCACGCGCAGUGCCGCGGCGUUGACGAAUAGACACGAUUGCAUGUGUGUGCAUGCUGUCGGAUGUGCUUGCGAGUUUGAUUGUGUUUGUUUUUGUGCUUGUUUCGGGUCAUCUUCCUCUGUUUACCACCAUCUUCGUUUCUUUCAUUCGCGAAUACACGAACCUUGCUGCC